GGGAUUUAUCUGCCUUCAGCCUAACAGUUUACCAAACACUAUCUGUUGUGCUACUUCAAGUAAGGAUUUCAUUGUUCUGUUUUGGGACAUAUGACAAAUGAGUCACAAUGACAAAUGACUCACUCUUGACUUAACUCUUGCACCAGCCACGGAAAUGUCGCGUUGCUCAUAGUGGUGAUGUGGGGCUUGCCCAAAAGAUGAGGCUGCCGUCAUUGAUGGUGUGAAAAUCUGGGCCAAAUAUUAGGCAGGUGGUUGGCAGAAAUGACCCAUUCCAUUGCAGACGGAAAGAAACUCAGCAAAUUCUGAUGUGGAACUCAAGAGAAAAGAUGAGGGUUUGUUCCCCCUGCUUAGUUUCAGCCUCGCUGUCUCUGUGUGAUGUCAGUGCUCACCAUUAGAGACUAAAAUUACUUUGUGUGAAACACUGACCAUUACCUAUUAAUGUUUGUUGUAAUCUCUUUUUACAGGGUAGCACAAGCAGAGGAUUUGUGUCCGGGAAUCUGAAACUCAUUCAGUUCACCAGCACCUGAAUGUGUGAGAGGCAUUCACAGCAUGGAGAAAUUAUUCCCCAGCUCUGUGUAUGGGCAGGGAUUCACUGAACCUUCCCACCUGGUGCCCCACCAGCAGGUUCAUCCUGUGGAGAAACCAUUUAUCUGUCCCGAUUGUGGGAAGGGAUUCACUCAAACGUACAACCUGAAUCGACACCGACAAACUCACACCGGGGAGAGGCCGUUCACCUGUUCUGAGUGUGGGAAGCAAUUUGCUCAGUUAAUCCACAUGAAAAGACAUCAGCGAAUUCACACCGGGGGAAGGCCGUUCAUCUGUUCUGGGUGUGGGAAGGGAUUCAUUGGAUCAUCUGAGCUACUGAGGCACCAGCGAGUUCACACUGGGGAGAGGCCGUUCACCUGCUCUGUGUGUGGGCAGGGGUUCACUGAUACCUCCCAACUGGUGACCCACCAACGAGUUCACACUAAGGAGAAACCAUUUACCUGUCCCGAGUGUGGGAAGGGAUUCACUCAAGCAUGCCAUUUGAAGAGGCACCACCAAAUUCACACUGGGGAGAGGCCGUUCACCUGUUCUGAAUGUGGGAAGGGAUUCAUUCAAUCUUCGGAGCUACUGAUACACCAGCGGGUUCACACUGGGGAGAGGCCGUUCACCUGCUCUGUGUGUGGGAAGGGAUUCAUUGGAUCAUCUGACCUACUGACACACCAGCGAGUUCAUACUGGGGAGAGGCCAUUCACCUGCUCUACCUGUGGGAAGGGAUUUACCAAGUUCUCCAGCAUGAAAACCCACCAGCUAGUUCACACUGGGGAGAGGCCAUUUACCUGCUCUGAGUGUGGGAAGGGAUUCACUCGGUCGACCAUCUUGAUAAAACACCAGCAAAUUCACACCGGGGAAAGGUCGUUCACCUGUUCCGAGUGUGGGAAGGGAUUCAUUCAUUCGUCUACAUUACUCAGACACCAGAGAGUUCACACUGGGGAGAGGCCGUUCAUCUGCACUGGGUGUGGGAAAGGAUUCACACGAUUUUCCCACCUGAUGACCCAUCAGCGACUUCAUACCGUGGAGAAACCAUUUGCCUCUCCCAGUUCACAUUCACACUGCUCCGCCGCGCCUGCGCACUGCCCCGACCACCAGCUGCGCUGCCGGCACCUGCUGGGGGUGGGGGGUGUUGGAAAGACCGCGCAGCCGCAGUGGCUACCGGGGACUGCUGCCGGGCAUGCACCCUCGGACAGAGGCCGGCUGCCGAUACCGCACCUGCGCACCUCAGUGAACCCGCCUUCGCCUCUCAUUGAGCUGCGGUCAAGGAACCGCAUCCUUCUGAUGGCUGCGGAGGAUCGGCGGCAGAUGGGAGCAGGGAGCCGGGCGCGGAAUCAGACAGCACCGUGGCCCGGCCUGUGGAACGGCCCUCAGCUGCGGGGAGAAUCCGUGUGGCCCUCGGGGACACGGUGGCCCGCCAACUGGGGACGGUGUUCGUUCUUCCCGCUCUCCCUCCGGGCCCCGGGAGAUUCUUGUGCGUCAGUGAAGACCCUUCAUCAGACUGAUUUUAGUGGGGCCAGUGGUGCAGGCCAACGACUGAAAUCUCCGCGCCGCAGAACUCGCUCUAUGUUGCAGACGAUACCAAGCGCGCAGGCGUGGAGAGCCCGGAAGUGUUGCGGCCAAGUCGCGCAUGCGGUCAGUGGACAAAAGACUCCGGAGGAUCGGCGGCGGGUAGGAGCGGGGAUCCGGGCGCGGGAUCAGUCAACACCGAGGCCCCGGCCUGAGGAGCGGCCCCCGGCUGCGGGGAGAAUCGGUGCGGCCCUCGGGGACACGUAUUUUUUUAGAGAGUAUGAAUACCGACCUGUGGCAUGCAAGAGCAUUAACAUUGUUGAAUUCAACGCCAUUGAUCACCUGGAGGUCAUCAGUGAUCAAUAUGUAUACUGUACCAAUCACAGGAAUAGCAUGUUGCUCAAAGAUAAAACACGCAGAGGAUUUGUGUAUGGUAAUCUCAAACUCAACCCAUCAUACCAAGAGUGUUCAGUUCACCAGCACCUGAACGCGUGGGAGGGAUUCACUGUGUCAGCUGAGCAGAUGAGACGUCAGGGAGUUCACAGCAUGGAGAAAUUAUUCAUCAGCUCUGAGUGUGGGCAGGGGUUCAUGCAAUCUUCCCACAUGGUGACCCACCAGCAAGUUCUCGCUGUGGAGAAACCAUUUGUCUGUCCUGAUUGUGGAAAGGGAUUCACUCAAGCAUGCAACCUGAAGAGGCACCAGCAUAUUCACACCGGGGAGAGGCCGUUCAUCUGUUCUGAGUGUGAGCAAGGAUUCACUCAUUUGUCCAACUUGAUAACACAUCAGCGUGUUCACACUGGGGAGAGGCCGUUCACCUGCUCUGUGUGUGGGCAAGGAUUCACUCAAUCUUGCCACCUGGUAACACACCAACGGGUUCACACACUGGAGAAGCCGUUUGCCUGUCCUGCUUGUGGAAAGGGAUUCUCUCAAGCCUGUCACCUAAAGAGGCACCAGCAGAUUCACACUGGGGAGAGGCCGUUCACCUGUUCUGAGUGUGGGAAGGGUUUCAUUCAAUCUUCAGAGCUACUGACACACCAGCGAGUUCACACCGGGGAGAGGCCGUUCACCUGCUCCGAGUGUGGGCAGAGAUUUACAAAGUUCUCCAGCAUGAUAACGCAUCAACGUGUUCACACCGGGGAGAGGCCGUACACCUGCUCUGUGUGUGGGAAAGGAUUUACCCGGUUGUCCAUCAUGAUAACACAUCAGCGGGUUCACACUAGGGAGAGGCCGUUCAGCUGCCCUGAAUGUGGGAAGGGAUUCAUUCACUCCUCCGCGUUACUGACACACCAGCGAAUUCACACCGGGGAAAGGCAGUUCAUCUGCUCUGAGUGUGGGAAGGGAUUCUCACAAUUUUCUCACCUGAUGGCCCAUCAACAAAUUCACGCUGUGGAGAAACCAUUUACCUCUUCUGACUGUGGGUAGCAUUUCACUGGUAAUUCGAACCAGCGAAUAGACUCUGAGGAAAGGACAUUCACCUGUUUAUAGCUCGAUUAUCUGAGCUAUUGGUACACCAGCGUGUUCACACUGGGGGGAAAGUUUAAAUAAGUUUUAGUUUGAUGUUGCAGCUGAUGUUCAUCACACCCAGGUCUAAACACUGGUCAUUGGGCACAGUUGGGGUUUGUUCUGCGGAUGUUAAACAACUUUAUUGUCAUUGCACAAAUACGAAUACAUUUACAACGAAAUGCAGUAAUUCCAAGAGUUUAAUAUUCUGGGACUGUGACUAAUAAAUGAGUUCUGUUGUAAA